CUUCUUGGAAAAAGAAGUCAUGCCAGCUCACAAUGAGCCCAAAAUCAUUUUAGUCAUUUUGGCUUCCAUUGUAGAUCAUUGCCAGAAAGACCUCUUCUUUGGCUUUGAAGGAAAACUCACUGUUCUCCAGCCAGUAGUUCAUGGCACCUCAAAAGACAUUACAUGGAAAAAAGAAGAAAACAUAGUGUACAUAUGGAAUGGACGAGACGAUUCUAAUGGCAGCUUGAUAAUCAGCAACACUUCAUACAGUGAUGCUGGAAUUUAUACAGCAGAAGCCCUAGUUGAAAAAGAACUACAAUACACCUAUUACUGUCUGAAAGUAUUAGAAAAUCUAAGGCCACCAGAUUUAAACUGCUCUGUUCAUAAUGAUGGAAUCCAGGUAAACUGCACAGUACCUCCACAGAUCACAUCCCAGAAUGUACCUGUGUCAUACCUUUGGAAAGACAGGGAAAGGUCUAUUCACAAUGAGUCAUCUAUUCAACUUCCGAGGAAUACAGACUAUCCUGAGGAAAUCACUUGCAUUGUUUCCAUUGCCAAUGAAAGUGCAAAUAACUCCAUCACUUUAAGUAGAUGUAUUCCAGAAGCUCAGCAGGCAAACUCUCGAACUCGAACGGCAUUGAUAGUGCUGAUAGUGCUGAUUGUAUUGAUAGUGGCACUGGGGGGAAUUCUCCUGUGGAAAAAAGGUUGUUUCAGAAAAUGCCAGGAACAUCAAGGUGCUGCAGAGGGCACUCCAUUGAAACCAAUACAGAACUGUAAUGAAUCAGAAGAUCUGUCAGAGAAUUUAGACGAAGAAAGAAGUGAAAAUGCACCAAGGAAUCAAGAACAAUCUUUUGAAGAAAGAUUAGCUCUUAAGGGAUCAAAACUUGGUUCAGAUUCAGCUAAGAACUUGGAGGAAAAUGAAGGCAGUGCUGAGGAUGGUCUUCUGGAGGAAACACAGAACCUUAAUCACUCCAGAUGUGUAUCAGAGAAUAUGGAAGAAAAAAAGAGGGAAGAUGUAUUAGAAGAUCAAGAUUUAUCUCUCAAAGGAGAAGGUCUUAAUGGACCAAAACCUGAUGAAGAUUCAGCUAAGAACUUGGAAGAAAACGAAGGCAGAUACUUCUAGAAGUGAAAAAACCUUAAAAACUGAAAAGGAAUCAGCGUCAAAGGGAAAAGCACUUGUGUUAGAUAUGGUGGAACUUACAAAGGAGCUGCUUCGGAAUACAUGUGGAGUAUUAUUGAAGCAGGCU